GGUCCACUUCCGGGCCAAGCAAUAAACGUGGCAAGUUUGAUAUGAGUAUGGACGUGCCUCCUCCAAAGUGGAAUCUGGCAGACCUUCCGAAGUUCGAAAAAUGCUUCUAUAUAGAACACCCCGCAACAACUGCCCGGUCGGAAUCCGAAGUUCAGGCCUUUCGUACGGAGUAUAAGAUGACAUUAUCCGGCCCGAACAUCCCUCGGCCUGUGUUGUCCUUCGGCGAAUUAAACCUUCCUGAUCAUAUUUUGCGGGUCAUAGCUAACAAUGGGUGGCAUGGCCCUACUCCAAUUCAAGCACAGGGUCUGCCUAUGGGACUUUCUGGUCGCGACGUGGUUGGCAUCGCACAAACAGGAUCUGGAAAAACAGCGUCUUUCGUAAUACCAGCUAUCGUGCAUAUUCUGGCACAACCGCGGUUACUGCGAGGUGAAGGGCCUAUAUGCCUGGUUCUGGUGCCUACCCGAGAGCUGGCUCAACAAGUUCUAAGCGUCGCUCAGCAGUUUGCAACCGCAGCUGGGUUGCGCACUAUGUGUUUCUAUGGCGGAGCAUCUCGUGGUCCUCAAUUGCGCGAUCUACAGCGUGGAGGCGAAAUGUGUAUUGCCACGCCUGGUCGUUUGAUAGACUUCAUCCGGUCUGAGAAAAAACUCCUUUCUCGUGUCACCUAUUUAGUCCUCGAUGAGGCUGACAGGAUGCUGGACAUGGGUUUUGAGCCGCAGAUACGCACCAUCAUCUCUAAUAUUCGUCCCGAUCGACAAACGCUUAUGUGGUCCGCCACUUGGCCACGUGAGGUGCAGGGACUGGCGCGGGACUUUCUGACAAACUAUAUCCAGGUGAACAUUGGGUCAGUGUCUCUGCACGCUAACCCGAACAUCACACAAAUCGUUGAAAUUAUUGAUGAGUGGGACAAGGAGCAACGACUGAUACAACUGCUGACAAUGUUCGGUCGAGAGCGAUGUCUCGUAUUCGUAGAAACCAAAAGAAAGACCGAUCAGAUUACGUACACAUUACGCCGACGAGGAUUUGCGGUAGGUGCUAUGCAUGGUGAUAAACAGCAGCGUGACAGAGAAAUGACUCUAGGGAGUUUCAGAGACGGUCGACUGAGCGUUCUUGUCGCCACCGAUGUGGCUUCCAGAGGACUGGAUAUCGACGACAUACAGUAUGUCAUCAACUUCGACUUCCCGAACCAAACAGAGGAUUACAUUCACCGCAUCGGUCGUACUGCUCGCAGUGAUAAGAAAGGAACGGCCUUCACUUUCUUCACGUCGAAGAACAUGAAGCAGGCCCGUGAGUUGAUCGACAUAUUAGAGGAGGCUAAUCAAGAGGUCAAUCCGGAACUAUUUCGUAUGUCUGGUAUUUCCGACGCCGGGCGAAGGAAUAAAUAUCAAAAGAGAGGUCAAACAUCUUUCAGUUCAAAGCCUCCCGGUCGUUUUGGAAGUUCUGUGGGCGCCGGUUAUACCAGUGGUGCCUCAAAGUUUUCCGACCACAAUUUGAGAGCCCCUAACUACGGCGGGGGUGGUUCUUUUCAAAAUGGUGCCUCCAUGCCUAAGUCGCAUUCCUCAUCGACCAGCCUCCAUACUAUGGGAGCCACUUACCCAUCUGGAACUAGCACUGGAAUGUCUAGUGGUAACGCUACAGGAUCUACACUAAACGCCCCUGCAAAUAAUUUCGGGGGUUCCCAGCAUCAAAGCGAUACACGCGGUCCAUUUAGCACCGCGCCCACCGACACCACCUCUCGGUGGGACAGGCGUGGACCGACCGACAAAGCGGUUAACCAAAGUCCGCAGGUACCACCUGGUCAACCUCAACAACCAAACAACCCUACGGCAAACCCUACAUGGGGAAGUAACCAGUGGGGAGAUAACCGGAUUUCCAACGGAACUCCACAGUUUUGGAACGCCGCUGGACCUGCACCUGCACCUCCCUUCUCUGCCAGCAACCCCAGUUUUCCACAAGAGCGAAAACAGACACAAGCUCGAACUCCCGCGAGUGAGCCCGCUAAUAAGAAUUUCGCUCCGGACAAUUCUGCUCUGCGUUCUCGGGGUUCAUCUGGGAACUUGCAGGGUAACCCCACCCUUUCUAAUGCAUAUCCUCAAGGUUGGCCCACGUUCCCUCAGUCAUCUUUUCCACAAAAGAAUGGAACAGCCGAGCGCUCCCAAUUGGAAUGCUAAUUGGGGACAGCAGUACUACGGUUAAAUUGAAGACUUCAACUUGUCAUCCCAUUGAAAGACCUUUUGCGGCGAUGCCCUCUGUAUACGUAAACAAUCGCACAAUCGUUUCACAGUUGACCUCUUCUCAUUCACCGUUUUACCUCAUUGUUGUUGUAAUGCGAAGAUCGACUGCUGUUUCACACCAAACGUUAGUACCGAGCGAACAUUGGUUUUCG